AUGGAAUUAUGUUUAACUGAUGAUUUUUCGCCUACUGAUUCAUCUAUUGUUCAUACACUUGAGUGCGUAGCUUCCGAUGAAGAAAUUGAUAAUAAUGAUGAGGAUAAAAUUGAUAAUCCUUAUAUAAAUAAUAAUAAUCAUGAUGAACAUGGUUUUGAUAAUGAAACUUAUGAUCAUCCACAUAAUGUUAUUACUGAAAGUAUUUUAUCAUGCGAUGAAGAUGAUUAUGAAGAGAUUUUGCGUUAUCAUCGUGGUGAAGCGGAUCGAGCGAAUGUUUCUAUAGAUAGUGAUCCAAUUUCUUAUACCAUGUCUGAUGACGGUGAAGCUGAACCAACCAUUGAAUUGGAAAUAACAAAGUACAUCUGCGAAGCAAACUUAGAUAAGUCAAAAACUAAAAAUCUUCUUUUAUUAUUGCAACAUCUGCAUGAUCAUCAAAUACCCCCACCACCAUCAACCAAGAGUCUAUGGAAUAAAUUGAACAUUAAAUUCGAAUAUUUAACAAUCGGAUAUUGUACGCAUUGUCUAAUAUAUCAGAAUCAAUCAGCACGAAGCUCAAAUCCUAUUACACUAUUCUUAUCUUGUGAUGGAAAACCAACAUUGAAGUCACGUAAAUGCUCUAUUUGGCCUGUAAGUAAAUCAUUCUAUGCUCAAUUUUUUUUUCAAAUCUUUGAUCAAUAA